AUGGAGGAAUUCGCAGCUGCUUCCCCAACAGGAGAACGUGUGUCGGAGGUUGGCCGCGUGCUUGGUUUAAGUGAGAGCACUGUUUGUACCAUUCGAGACAAUGCUGAGAAGCUAAAGAACAAUGCUCAAUCAGGGGCAUCUGCAAAUGCAACAAAAACCUCUUAUGGUUGGAGUUCUAUAAUGGAGCACACGGAAAGGAUGCCGAGUACGUGGAUUGAAGAUCAAAAUCAGCGCAACAUACCAGGCAGCAUGUUCCUAGCCCAAGGAAAAGCGCGUGCAAUCCAUGAAAAGCUACAGAAGGAUGAAGAAGGCCCACUGAACCAUUCAGUGCUAGUUCUGGUUGGUUUGUACUUCAGGCGAAGAUACGGGUAUCACAACAUCAAGAUGAGUGGGGAGGCUGCAUCUGCCGAUGCCGUGGCUGCCGAGGAAUUCAUCAGAACUCUGAAUGGUAUUAUUGAGGAGGGAGGUUACUUUGCAAAGCAGAUUUUCAAUCUGGAUGAAACUGUUCUAUUUUGGAAGAGAAUGCCAGCACGAACGUAUAUCUCUCGUGAGGAAAAAUCAGCACCAGGCUUCAAGGCCGCUAAGGAUCGUUAUACAAGAAAACAUUGUGAGUUUGGCAAAGAAAGUAGGUCUUCAAGAGGUGGAGUUGAUGACGUGCAGGAGUUAUUUGACUCACAUAAAGAACUUUGGCCCCAAGAUUUACUUGACUUAGAAAAAGAGCGAGAAGAUGAGGAAGCAGAGAAGAAAGAGGAGCCUGAGGUCGUUUGA